GUAUCAACAAAGAAGAAUUAGAUAAGAUUACAAUGUUCUAAAAUGUCGGGUCAGCCGGUAUAUUUAUAUGAAAAAUGUACGAUGCUAUUACAAGCAUUACGCGAAGGCUCAGGACGUCUGGGACUAUGUUUACCUUAGUAUUGGCGAGCAUCUUGGCUGUUACCACAGUGUCCUGCGCUCAGGAAUGCGGGCGUACGAGUUUCUCCCCAACGCCAAACUACGCAAUGCAGAUGAUUGUGGGAGGACAGGUUGCUAACGAAGGGGAUUUCCCGUGGCAGGUUGGGCUCCUUGAGAACGGCAUCCUAAUCGGCGGCGGUACAUAUGUGGUCGGAGCAGGUGGCGUGGUCAAGGUAAUCACAGCCGCCCAUGUUCUGUAUGGCAAGGAGCCUUUUGUUAACAACUAUCAGGUCGUGUUUGGCAUGCACAAUACCCACGGUGGCGGUACCAAGCGUAUAGUGCAAGCAGUCAACAUCAAAGUUCACGAAUCAUACAACCAGAACAAUAUUACCCACGACAUUGCCGUAAUCGGUUUCGGCAACCUAAUGCCCUCCGCGCUUCCCGUCAACACGUUCCCGGCUUGCCGACCAACACGCACAUAUACUCACAACGAGUAUGCGGUCGUGUCAGGAUGGGGAUCCACAUCGGAAGACGGCUCCGCCUCAACUGUUCUUCACUACGUCUGGAAGCCUCUGAUAAGUCUAGCAGCUUGCGAACAGACCGGAAAUGCCGGCCUCUUGGACUCCUCCAUGCUGUGCGGUGGUGCAGCUGGCAAAGACGCAUGCUCGGGUGACUCUGGUGGACCUUUGGUUGCUCCCAGAAACGGCGCAUGGGAAGUCGUUGGUUUGGUGAGCUGGGCAUUCGGAUGUGGUCGUGCCAACUUUCCAGGCGUGUAUUCCGAUGUCUGGGCCCUGAGGUCUUGGCUCAACAACAACCUCUAGAUGGUCGUGUGUGCUUUAUUUUGAGAAUUAUAUACAUGCGUAUUCAACCGGAGUUUUUUUAAUUAUAUUAAAGGGUGCAGCAAAACUUCCUGUCAAUGAUUCUAACUCUCAACGUAUUGAUUAACAAUGGCUAAAUUUAUAUACCGGUAUUAUGUAUAAUAUAAUAUUAUUAAUUAUGUAUUAUAAAUAUCAAUAAAUGAUGAAUCCAU